AUGAAGAACAACACAGGGGCCAGUGAAUUUAUCCUGCUGGGAGUAACCAGUACCCCAGAACUCCAGAUUACUCUUUUUCUGGUUUUCACACUCAUCUACCUCGUCACCCUGGCUGGGAACCUGGGGAUGAUGACAUUGAUCCUGCUGGACUCGCGGCUCCACACCCCCAUGUACUUUUUCCUCAGCAACCUGUCUCUGGUGGACUUUGGUUCCUCCUCGACUGUCACUCCCAAGGUCAUGGCUGGGCUCCUCACAGGAAACAACGUAAUUUCCUACAAUGCAUGUGCAUCUCAGAUGUUCUUUUUUGUGUUCUUUGCCACGGUGGACAGCUACCUCUUGGCUUCCAUGGCCUAUGACCGCUAUGCAGGAGUGUGUAAGCCCUUACACUACUCCACCAUCAUGACGAGGACUGUGUGCACUUGCCUGGUCCUAGGCUGCUAUGUCAUUGGUCUGCUGACUGCUUCCGUGCAAACUGGAGACACGUUCUGCCUCUCUUACUGUGUGUCCAAGGUGGUCCAUCACUUCUUCUGUGACAUUCCAGCCGUCAGGAUUCUGGCUUGCUCUAAUAAACACAGUAGUGAACUGAUUCUUGUUCUUCUGUCAAGCUUUCAUAUUGUUUUUGCACUUCUUAUUAUCUUGAUUUCCUACCUCUAUUUAUUGAUCACUGUUUUGAAGAUGCACUCAGGUGAGGGAUACCAGAAGGCUUUGUCCACCUGUGCUGCUCACCUCCUUGCAGUUUCCACAUUUUAUGGGACUGUCACCAUCAUGCACUUAAAACCAAGUUCCAGUCACUCCAUGGACACUGACAAAUUCACAUCUGUGUUCUACACUAUGGUCAUCCCCAUGCUGAACCCUGUGGUCUACAGCCUGAGGAACCAAGAAGUUAAGAAUGCAUUUAAGAAGGUUGUUCAGAAGGCAAAAUGUUCUCUAGGUUAA